AUCCCAUUUGAUUUUGCCGUCUUUGUUUAUUAUUUUCCACCAGCUAGUGAUGUAGUGUUUGUGUCAUGUUACGUGUACGUACAUGAGCCGUAGAAAAGUCUAUGGAUUGCCUAAUUUUGGUUCGAUUCCGUCGCAUGCUAAUCUUCGGUGAAAAGUACAAUAAUUUAUAAAAUAAAUGAUAAACUAAGUCCACUAUGCCUCUAGUUGUCAUUACCGGAUUUCCUGCUAGUGGAAAAUCCUUUCGUGCUGCGCAGAUUCAAAAAUUCUUCGAAAAACGUGGUAUAACUGUUCAUUUAGUGUCGGAAUGGAAUUGCAUUCAACUUGCCGGUUAUAGCAAAAAUGAACACUUCCGUGACUCGCAAAAGGAGAAACUUGUUCGUUGCAACGUAAAAUCAGAAGCUAUUAGACUACUGACCAAAGAUGAUUUGGUGAUUGUAGACGGAACAAAUUACAUAAAGGGGUUUCGAUACGAGAUCUAUUGCGCUAGUAAAGCCUCUCGAACAACUCAGUGUACAAUAUAUUGUGCUAUCACCCAAGGCCAGGCCUGGGACUUUAACCAGACAGAAAACAAAGGAGGGGAAAGUUAUCAGCGGGAUGUUUUUGAUGCUCUCUGUCUCAGAUACGAGGAGCCUCAGGCGAACAAUCGCUGGGACAGUCCACUCUUUACUAUUUUCCCGGAAGAGGAAUUGGAUGAAGACAGUAUUUUUAACGCAUUGUUCAAACAAAAGGCAUUAAUUCCGAACUUGUCAACACAGAAUCCUCCCCUCAGUUCAACAAAUUUUUUGUUCGAAAUGGACAAGAUAACGCAGGAUAUUAUUGACGGAGUGCUGUCGGCACAGAAACUAGGGUUGAUUGGUUCGGUAAAAGUAAACAACGCAUCGCCAGUAGACGUUCCAUCAGAUAUGAAUGCUUCACAACUGAACCGUCUCCGAAGACAAUUCCUCAGCUAUAUGAAACUACAUACUACAAGCAACACGACGCUCGAAAAUAUUCCUUCAAUGUUUGUACAAUUCGUAAAUUCAAAUUGUCGACAAUACUAAUAAAAGAGUAUAACAAA